AUGACUGAGGAUACGACCAAGCUCAACACGUCGAAGCUUGGAACCAAGGAAUACUGGGAUAACUUCUAUGCUCUUGAGAAGGACAAUUUUGAGUCGAAUCCAGAUGACACUGGCGAGUGUUGGUUCUCAGACUCGAAUGCAGAGGAGAAGAUGGUUGAGUUCCUCUUUGAUAACCUGAAUGAAUACGCGAUCCAUGACCAGAGCUCCAUGGUUGACAUUGGUACUGGUAACGGGCAUCUUCUAUUCACGCUGAGAGAGGAAGGGUUCAAGGGACAGCUUCUUGGAAUAGACUACUCUGAGAAGUCUGUGGAAUUCGCCAGAAGCAUAGCAGAGGAGAAUGACGUUGAUGUUGAGUUCGAGGUUGUCGACAUCUUUUCAGAGUCAUGGGACCCUAAGGUGGUGGACGUUGUUCUCGAUAAGGGGACAUUGGAUGCUAUUGCACUGAGUGGCUUACAGUACAACGACAAGCCCGUUGUGGAGAUCUAUCCCCAUGCCAUUGAUAAGUUGAUGACAAAGGGGUCUGUAUUUCUCAUAACGUCUUGUAACUUCACAGAGAAGGAACUGGAAUCCAUAAUCUUACAGAAUAAGUCGUUAAAACUUUGGAAAAAGGUUGACUAUCCAAGCUUCCAAUUCGGUGGUGUUAAAGGUUCUACAAUAUGUACCCUGGCAUUCGUCAAACAAUCCUGA